GGCAACGGCGCUCUCACCGCGGCCACAUGGUGACCUGGUGCACAAAAAUACGAACUGUCCAUUGACAUCAUAUUUUUAUAAAGAAAUAUAAAAAGAUUAACAGUAUUGAAAUAAUCAAACAGAUUAUAAUCGUACAAAGCUACGAUGAAUGUCGUACCGUGUGUGGCAUGGGUUAAGAGAGGCGUAGCAGCUGCAGUUCCUGACAAAGUUCAAUUAACUCCUAAGGAAUUGGAAGCAAUAAUCAAACAGACAGAAUCUGAACUUAGAGAUUUGGAGGAGAGUGACUCGGAAAACGAAGAUGAAACACCAUCCAAGAAUAACAUUCAAACCAUCGAGGAAGCUAAUGAAUCGAAAACCAAUGCUGACGGAAUGACUGUUGAUGAGUACAACUUUGGAAACUAUGACAAUGAAGCUGGCGAUGUGCACUGUAACAUAGGAGGAUUAGCAGUUUAUAACGGAGAUGGCAAAGAUCCUUUUGUAACUGUAGCAGACAGCGAGGAUGAAGAUUCGGAAAAGGAGGACGAUGUGAUCAAACCUGAUGAUAAUCUUGUACUCAUUGGACAUGUCGAAGGAGACGCCAGUAUUUUAGAGAUAUUUGUCUAUAACGAAAAAGAAGGUUCGUUUUAUUGUCACCAUGAUAUUCUCCUACCUUCAUUUCCUCUCUGUCUCGAAUGGCUCAAUUUUGAUCCGAGCGAUGCAAAACCUGGGAAUUUAUGCGCUAUGGGGAAUAUGACAAAAGUAAUUGAUGUAUGGGAUCUCGAUUUGGUGGAUUGCCUGGAACCUGCUUUCAGGCUUGGUAGGAAAAAGUCUGAUAAAGGUCACAAAGACGCUGUUCUCGAUAUUGCUUGGAACACGAAUUAUACGCACGUAUUAGCAAGUGGUUCAGUUGACAAAUCGACAAUGCUAUGGGAUAUGGAAACGCAGAAACGAGGGACGAAAUUGAAUUCGUUUACAGAUCGAGUGCAGAGCAUACAAUUCCAUCCAACCGAAGCUCAUCAUCUCCUUACGGGUUGUGCCGACAGUGUGGUACGAUUGUUCGACUGCAAAGUGGAAAAUGAAUCAAAAAAUUGGACAGUUUCGGGCGAAGUGGAACGCGUAUUGUGGAAUCAUUUUGAUCCGAAUUAUUGUUUCGUCAGUACGAGUAACGGUUUUGUCGAAUGUAUCGACAUCCGACAAGAAACAAUAUUGUGGCAAGUUUCAGCACAUGAAAAAGAAAUAACGGGUUUAUCUUUGAGCACGUCAUGUCCUGGAUUAUUGUUAACGGCAUCAGCUGACGGAGUUGUUAAAGUGUGGGACGUCAUUAAACCGGAAGUGCUUGAACCUGUAUGGGAAAAGAAGAUGAACUUGGGUGACAUUCAGUGCCUCGCACAGAGUCCUGACAGUCCUUUCAUCUUCGCAGUUGGUGGUGACAACAAGGCGAACAACUUCAAAGUUUGGGAUCUUCUUGAAUCACCUUCAGUGUCGGAAAGAUUCAAGGGCAGAAAUCUCAUCAAUUGUGUAAAAGAGUCAAAACCUGAACAAACCGAUGUUAUGGAAGUAGCUGAUGAUAUGGACGGAAUGGCUUUGGAAGCUAGCACAUCUAGUAAAAUUAAGAAAAAAGGAAAGAAGUGAGUGAACCCUCGAAUAACUCAUUAUUAUACCUUUGUAAAUAAAGAAGAAAACAAAAUAUUAAAUAUAAAUGUAUAUCACUGGA